GGAAGAACCAUAAUUCGUGGAAUAUCGGGCUAAAAAGCAAUCUUUAGGUGUGCAAAUUUAGAAACUGUACACCAUGAAAAUGUGUAAGCCAUUUAAACAUGCAAUGAAGCACAAGAAAAAGAAACAUGUGCAUGUAAAGUUAAAGUUACACAGUGUAACUUUAAAUUUACUAAAGGCAGUUCAAAUCAAUUGACUUGACAAAUCUAAUGGGAAGCAACAUUGGAAAGACUGGUGUCGGAGUUAUUCGGGGAAUACAACUCAUUGCGGAAACUAGAACAAUGUUGGACCCCAGCAAAGUCAAGAUAUUGAACGACCUGGAAAGCGGAGAAGCGAUUAGCAUGCUUGAGGCAAAAAAAGUGGUAGAUUUGUCGAAACAACUUCAUAAAGAGGUAUUAAAACUGAAAGGAGACUUUCUCCAACCGGAUGGCAGUGUGAAAUACGCAGAAUUAAGAGAAAGUUUAGGAUUUAUCGAGUUCCAGAAAAAUUGCAGCGGUUUGAAGAAGGUGGAUAUAUUCUCUCUGAAUGAAAUCGAGAAGAAAACAUUCUUCAUCAACAUUUACAACACUCUAACGAUUCAUGCAUUCGCCCAAAAUGUGUCGGAUCAGAAAAGCGUUCUGCAACUGGAAAAAUUUUGGCAAAUGUACGCCUACAAAAUCGGAGAGCUACAAUUCUCCCUGGAUGACAUUGAACACGGUGUAUUGAGGUGCAACAAGCUUCAUCCGACGUAUAAGGACUACUUUUUCAAAGUAGGGGAUCCACGAAGGGCUCUUGUUAUGUCGGAGUUGGACCCAAGAAUCCACUUCGCACUGAAUUGUGGCGCAAUGUCUUGUCCACCCCUCCGAUUAUUUUCUGCUGACAAUCUGGAUCAAGGUUUGGACAUUGCUGCAAAGAACUUUUGUCAGAAUGACGUUCAUGUAGAAGUAGAGAAGAGAGUAGUGAUGGUGUCAAAAAUACUGGAUUGGUAUCGAGAAGACUUUGGUCCUGAUCAGAAAGCUAUUGUCCAAAAAAUUAUGCCUUAUUGUAAACCAGAACAACAAUCAGAUUUCCAGAAAAUCCAAGAGAACUUUAAGCUCUCAUUUUCUGAAUAUGAUUGGAGUAUUCAUUAGAGGAGAUGAAGAUCAAAUCGCAUUAUUUUAUUAUCCUAAUGAUGUUUAAAAAUGUAUUUUUAAAAAUUGGGAAUGAACCAGAAUUUAUGAUAACUAUUUUUCUCAACUGUUUAUAAGGAUAAUAACUUGAAACUCGAAUUUAUUUCUAAAUAAAAUACAUAGAUGUACAAAAUCGUUGUUGUGACCAAUAUGCGCUGCUGAAUAUUAUUUAAAUUAAUAAAAUAAAUAUUUGUUCUAACGA